UCCUGCGGUCUGGUAAUGGGGUUGUAACCGCCGGUGCGUUGGCCUGGGCAUAGUCGCUCGCCCUUGUCUCCCGCACGGAAAGAGCAGCUCCUUGCCAGGGGCCUGGGGUGCCCCGCCCGGCAGCACCGCGGUCACCCGGGGCGGCUCCUCCGGAACCUCCUGCUUCCCCUGGACUCCUGCGGGUAAUAGCCUGGGCGCUGGGAACCUGCAGUGACUUGUCCAAGAAAGAGAAUGCAGAAUUAACAGGACUGAGAGAAGCUCACUGAAAGUGCCAGAUCUGAAAUUUGAGUUCUGACUUGUGCAUUCUUGCAAAAGAAAUCUGUCGACUAUCGAAAAAAAUGGGGACUCCUGGAUCGGGUAGGAAAAGAACUCCAAUAAAAGAUAGAUUCUCUGCAGAAGAUGAAGCCUUGAGUCACAUUGCCAGAGAGGCAGAAGCAAGGCUUGCAGCCAAACGGGCUGCUCGAGCAGAAGCAAGAGAGAUACGUAUGAGAGAAUUGGAGCGACAACAGAAAGAGCUUUCUCAUCGCUCAUAUGAUAGAAAAUGGGGACGUAUCCAAAAGUGGAUGGAAGAUUCAGAGAGGGCCAGGUAUUCUCUCCGGUCUAGUCAUCAUUCGUAUCUGGGAGCAGAUGACGUAUUUUCUGCUCAAAGUAUUGGCAGUCAUAGGAGUUCAUCUUUGGAUGUCAAUCGGUCUCAUUCAAGCAGAACAAGCACCUCCAGGAGGAGAGAUCUUGUGAAUCAUACUUACAGUGACUCUCAUGGUAUGAAGACGUCUUCUGGUUCCCAUAAAGAUUUGUUGAGUGGAUUUUAUCAUGACCAAAGAAAUUAUAGCAGCCUUAGACAUAGCAAACCAGUUUCUACUUACCAAACACGGUCUUCCUCUCUCUACAGUGAUCCUUUGGCAACUACAAAGACGUAUAGGGUGUCUCCUACUGUAAACAUAGGGUUGAUAAGAAGUGCUAGUUGGGCAUCCGUGUGUGGUGAUGGAUUAAAUAGCUGGUAUAACUCUUACACUCCAUCUGAAUAUACUUAUUCUUCAAGAGCAAGUUCAGCUCGAAGUAGUCCUGUGUUUACAGACAGUGAAACAGGGAGUACCACAUCCUCUAAUCGUGCCAUCCGAGGGAGGAGUGAUAGCAUGUCAACUGAUUUUUCUGAUCAAAGUGAAACUGCAGCUGAUUAUUUUAGUCGUUCCAAUCGCAGGGGGAGCAUUGUUUCUGAUGUGGAUGAUGUCAGUAUCCCAGAUGUAAAUAGUCUGGAAAAAGAAAAUAAGUCUGAAAAACAGUAUUCUGAAAUUUACACAAGGCCGUUAUCGCGCAAUUCAGCAAGUACAACUCCUCUGAGUGGGAAUUCAUCCAGACGAGGAAGUGGGGAUACGAGCAGUUUGGUGGAUCCUGACGUUUCAUUAAGUGAUUUACGGGAUAUCUAUGAUCUUAAGGACCAGAUACAAGAUGUAGAGGGGAGAUACAUGCAGGGACUUAAAGAACUAAAGGAUUCACUAGCUGAAGUUGAAGAGAAGUAUAAAAAAGCUAUGUUUUCCAAUGCUCAGCUGGAUAAUGAGAAAAACAAUUUGAUUUAUCAAGUGGAUACGCUAAAGGAUAUUAUUGAGGAAAGGGAAGAACAGAUGGCAGAGUACUACAGGGAAAAUGAAGAAAAGUCAAAGGAAUUGGAAAGGCAGAAACAUACGUGCAGUGUUCUACAGCAUAAGAUGGAUGAACUUAAAGAGGGCCUUCGUCAGAGAGAUGAACUAAUAGAGGAGAAUCAACGUAUGCAGCAGAAAAUAGACUCCAUAACCAGAGAGGUGUUUGACCUCAGGGAGACAAUUAAUUGGAAAGAUAAAAAAAUUGGGGCCCUAGAAAGACAGAAAGAGUACUUUGACUCCAUUAAGAAUGAGCGCGAUGAGCUCAGAGAUGAGUUGGCCGACCUGAAGGAAACAAUGAAGACAGGAGAGAAGCACGGGUUAGUUAUAAUCCCAGAUGGUACACCAAAUGGUGAUAUAAACCAUGAACCAAUGAUUGGUACAAUAGCAGUUGUAUCACAGGAAGCUGCUCAAGUCUUGGAAUCUGCAGGAGAAGGACCAUUAGAUGUUCGGCUACGGAAACUGGCUGGGGAAAAAGAGGAAUUACUGUCACAGAUUAGAAAACUGAAGCUGCAACUAGAAGAGGAACGACAGAAACAUUCUAAAAAUGAUGGCACAAAUCGAGAUAUAACAGGAUUAGAGAAUGGUUCUGAUUUGCAGUUAAUUGAAAUGCAGAGAGAUGCCAACAGACAAAUAAGUGAAUACAAAUUUAAGCUUUCAAAAGCUGAACAGGAUAUAACUACCAUGGAACAAAAUAUUGGAAGACUUGAAGGACAAGUAAUAAGAUAUAAAACUGCAGCAGAGAAUGCAGAAAAAAUAGAAGACGAACUCAAAGCAGAAAAGAGGAGACUUCAGCGAGAGUUAAGAACAGCACUUGAUAAGAUAGAAGAGAUGGAGAUGACCAAUAGUCACUUGGUAAAAAGACUGGAGAAGAUGAAGGCAAACAGGACUGCACUUCUAUCUCAACAGUAGAAGAAAUGUUUGGAAAAUGGAACCAGUUGUGCACUGCUCCCUGAAAUAACUAGCCCUUAACUUGUUUUAAUACAGACGUUCAUUGGCACAAACUAUUUGAACACUGAGCUGUUCAAUAAUGUAGUUGCAGAAUUAAAUGGCAUACUUUUUGUAACUUAUGAGAGAAUGAAAAAUUUGAAUUCCUAUGCGAAUGAUGGUGAUUUUUAUUUAGCAGUUUAAUUGUAGAGUCAGAGCUGGAGCACAAUGCUGUAUGAUUGACUUAUUACUAGAAAACAUUUGUUUUCACAACUGUGGAAUCAAGUUUACUUAACUUUUUUCAGCUGCUUUAAUGCUUGAAGAUGACUGCAUGAAUUCAAGAGGACACUGUCUAUUGGAAAUUUACAAAGUGUACUUGCUCAAGACAUCACACAGCACAAGUGCCUUCUAUAUGGUUCAAUUUAGAUUUCAAAUAUGUUAGAUCUAACCUUUGAAAUCAGAUAACAUUUAUUUUAAGAUACAAUUUGGAGAUCUGUUCAUUAAAGUUUAUAAAUUUUGAUGGAAAGCUGCAUUUUGUAAAAUAUUUAAAUUUACGUACAAAUAAAAAUAGGGACUAUUAUAAAACAUGCUUUUUUGCAUGGGUGAUAGCAUAUCUGAGUUCUGGAUUGUUUUGCCAAGAAAGUACUAGCUCUGCUACGCUUAAUAUCAAAAAUAAGGAUUUAGUCAUGGAAGAUGUUUUAUUAUACUUUGUAAAUUGUAUAGCAGCUGCUAAAUUCUGGAAUGGAACUUUAGAAUGAAAGGAAGGGUGAGGCAAUGUCUGAGUUCAUUAAAUGGACAUGGUACUGUCCA